GAAACAUUACUUGUUUAUUGUGGUAACGGUUUUAUAAGCAAGACUCUUGGUUACGAAAGUUAAAAGUUGAAAAAAGUUUUGUAGCAAUAAAAGCACGCGACAGGACUUGGCUGGGAUUUCCAGCGCUCACCUUUGAACUGAAAACGGGGAGUCGGGCUCACCUCAAGGAAAGAGCCUUUGGGAAUCUAGCAUUCUAUUCUAAAGAUUGCUGCCUCUAUGGGCUUUCUUUCUCCGUCUCCUUGAAAAGUUAUCAAAAUCCUCCUUCCCUUCCUCCAAGAAACUCGGGGUGGCGUCACUGCAUGGUUUCUCCCGCCCGCUCCUUUUGUCUUUCUUACAACAACCCUGCGAGGAGGGCUAGACGGUGAAACAGCGACUGACCCAAAGUGAUCCCAAGUAGUUCUGCGAAGAAUUGAGCGCCGCCAGUCUUCCCGGUCCAAGUCCAACAAUCCAGCCAUUACACCACCCAGCUGGUAGCUAAUCUGCUUCGUGGUCGCCGGAGGCCGCCUCAUAGGUUCUGGCGCGCCAUUGGCCUUUUCUCGCCUGAGGUCCUUUUCUCGCCUGCUCGCAGCCAAACAAAUGCCUAUGAACUGCUCCUCUGUCUUCACUGAGGCGGCAGCGCCCGGGGCAUUGCGCUCCGCCUCCUUCGACUCAUCCUCCUCCGCCUCCUCCUCAUCGCCACCGCCUUGCCUCAAGGUGUUUGCGUUUCUCUUCCCGCCUCCGGCAGCAACAGGCGACGGGCCCCCAGCCCUGCGGAGCCCCCUUUUGGUUUGUCAGCAGCCAGGUGAGUGCAGGCGGCGGCCCUUUGAACUGGAGCAGUCCUGGGGUCUGCGCGCGUGGGAGUGAAAGUCGGUUAUUAAAAUGUGCCGCGGGCUCCCUUGCGUAGAGCACCUGUCUGCUCUCUCCAGGAGGGGAAAGAGCUUGGCCGGAUGUCGUGCGGGGUUCCUAAGUGUCUGCCACAUGAGCUGUACAGGGAUAAUGGACACCAGGCUACAGGAAGUGGAAGGAUUUGGUGAGGAAAGUUCAGGAAAGAAAAAGUCUAAGUUUAAGUCUAUCAAAAAAUUCUUUGGGAAAAGGAAAAGGAAAGAGACAUUACCAUCUUCAGGAACUGGUAGUCUGAAACUGUUUCAGUCGACAAGUGACGUCACAACCUCUGACUCCUUGCAAGUAGGCUAUGAUUCAGAAGAUGAACUUGAGAUGCACAACAGUAUUAUGGGAAGCAGAGCACUGUCCCACGAUAGCAUUUUCAUUUCCGAGGCUGUACAAGAGCCUGCAAGGCCAGUACGAGUAUUUUCUCAGGAAAAUGUUUCAGGUCGGAUUAGGGCUUUGCAGUUGAAACUGCAACAGAAUUGGAAAUUUGGCCGUUCUUCUCCAUUUGGAACUCCUUCAAAGCGAAUGGAUGAUGCUGGAAUGAGUUCAGAGGAUGAUGGGCUACCCAGAAGCCCACCGGAAAUGUCUUUGCUACAGGAAAUUCUGAAUUCCAAAACAGUACAGUUUUCUGACUCUCACAAGCAUCUUAGCUCUUUGAGUUUAGCUGGAACAGGCAGUGAAGAAGAAGAACAGGUCACAUCAGGCCCUUGGAGAACCUGUUCUGCAGAAAGCCAGUUAUUCCCCAAGAAGUCAAGUGUUAAAAUUAUAGCUGUGCCAGUCUUUGAUGACAGCCUCUCACCUCCUGCUGAUUUUGAUACUCCUCCUGAGUUCACCACUGUCUUGGAUAAUUCAGCUGCUAAGCACAAGCUUUUAGUAAAGCCACGGAAUCAGAGAUCCAGCAGAAUGAGAAGACCACCUUCGAAGAGCCUGUCAGAGUCUCAGAAUGAUUUAAGCUCUACCCCUGAGGAAGAUGAAUGCGAAAGGAAAGAGGAACUGGCUGAACUGACCUAUGAAGGUGUCAGUUCCAGCUGUCAGGCCCUGACAGAAAGUACAGCUUCAUCAAAUAAUGCAGUGUACUCCCAGCAACUCGAAAUGUCAAAAGGGCUACAGGCUAGCCUGUGUCACCAAGAUGAAAAGUCUUCCAUGUUACACUCCACUUCUCAGCUGGACUUGCCUCCCUUUGAAAAUAAUUCUGAGGGCUGCCAAACAGUGCAAGAAUUAUCACACAACGUGCCAUCAUUGCCCUGUUUUGAACAGAAAGAAAAUAUAACCACCCUUCAUCUUACUUCAGAACUAGGAACACAAAGGGACAAAGAAUGUUAUCAAACUAGGAAUUUAAGUAGUAGUUUAAACCAGGAAAAUAAACACAUUUCUGAUGUGCCUUCCAAGAACAGUUUGCUAUCUGAUAAGAAUAUCUCAACCAAAAAUGAUGUUCUUCCUACAUUAGAUGGAACAAGAAAAGAUACACAGAAGGAUGCUCCAGCACUUGUGGAAGAUCUUUCUAGUAAGCUGUCUUCAUUGGCUAACUCUGUUAGUCUUUUACCAAAAAGUUAUUUCCAGCUUACAGAUGUAACCAGUCCUGAGAAAAGUAGUUAUUCAUCUCCAUCUACAGCAGCUACAUCACAGAAAGGCACACCUUCUUCCUGGACUCUGGACAAAAUGAAACUUACACAAGAGUUCCCUGCAUUGGUCAAGGAAAACAACCCUUCAGUAGCACCUGGGGUACUGAAUCAGGGUGGGAAAAUUGAGAAAGAAGCUAGUGAGCUCGGUGCCUUGAAAAAAUUUUCUGUGUCAUCAUCUUGUGAGAGGCUAAGGGCUAGCAGCUUGAGCAUGAAAGAAAAUUCAGAAUGUGAAAAUCCAGGAAACACCCAAGUAUUGCAGACUAAAAUAAAAAGCUCCUCAAGAAGUGAGAAGCUGAAGGAGGCAUGCUUUUCUCAAGAGAAAGAAAGCAGUGCUAGCAAACAGAUACCUCCUCCACAGUCUGACUUAGAGAGCACAGGUAAAGGAUUAGGCAGGAUGGAGCCUGAGCCACUUCCCCAGGCCAUAAAUCCAGCAUCAGUGCCAGUGCCGAGUCAAUCUGGAAGUGUCCUGCCACAGCAGUCAGGUGCCAGUCAGUUAGGCUGGGAAGAUAAAAAUCCAUUUCAAGCCAAACUGAGAUCGACUUCAUUAUCACUGAGAUACAGAGACAGUUCCUCACAGGAAUCAAAGGAGAUGAAAAGACACAGUGCAGAAUUUAACUUAGAAAAAGAAGGGCUGCCUUCCCCUUUGCUGAAAAGUGAAAAGGCAGAAAUGAGAAAAAUAACUAAUAUAAAUAGUGACAGUUUAAAUGAAACAUGUAAAGCUAAAACAAAGUCCCCUGAACAGUCCAGCACAAAACCUCCAUUGCCAAGGAAACCUGUUUUACAAGUUGUUAUGACUGGCACGAACACAAGCUCGGAAAAGGUGGUCAAAUGUCCUGAAUCAAAAAAUGAAGUGGAGAAAGAUUUGGAGAAGAGAUCUGGUCCCUCUGAAGUGCCUGAGAAAAGCGUGCCUUCUCCUGUGAGUGCUAUGGACACUGCAAGAGGAGUGGAAAGCCAGAGAAUACCAGCCUGGGUUACUAUAGCGAAGCAAAAGCAGAGAGUCAUAGAACAGGAGCUUAGCAGAGAAGAGAAACCCAUGAAGUAUUCUAAAACAGAUGCAGAAAAGCAAAAACAAGAGACGGAGAGAAUGGAGGAAGCUGUCAAGCAACAGACAGAUCCCACCCAGAACAUAUCCUUGCCUUUGCCAUCUACAAUUCCUUCUGAAGAAGAGGCAAAAAAGACAAAGUCUAAUACACAGGAGGUGUUGCCAAGAUCUGGCUCGCUAUCACAUCCUAGCACUGUUCAAUAUUCAGUACCGUUGGAAAAAGAAGAUACGAAGCUGUUUAAGAAGGUCUCUCACUCUUCCUCAGAUCAGCCAUUGUGGAUGGAACUUGCCAAAAAGAAAGCUCAAGCUUGGAAUGACAUGCCCCAGCUGAUAAAAUAAAAUAAGGCAAGCAUUUUAUACUGGUGGUACUUAGGAUACUUUAACACACUACUUUAAUUACAUUGAUGAGAACCAGUUAGUCACAAUAAAAUCUACAGAGCAUCAAAGAGGCUUUAAAACAAGAGAAUGAAGAAGAGCUAUUGACCACAUGUUUAUAUGCAUAGCCCGCUUGAAAGCUAUUGUAAAGGCCUGCUUAUCUCCUGAAGAAGCCUUAGAAAAGUAUUCUCCAGCAGGAGGUAUUACUUACUUUCCGCAUUUCUUUCUCCCUGUGGUGUGAUUUGCCACAGACAUGCCUGGAAUAUUUACAAAAGUUUGUUAACCGUUGUUUUACUAGUUAGUAAAUUAUCCUCUGUACGUACGUUUUGUGACCACACUAAUCUUACAAGCAGUUCCAAACCCAAAUGUUAAACAAUAAAAACUCUUUAUAUAGUUCAGUUAGAAUUUAAUAAUACUUCCUCUUUGGAAAUGCAUGUAAGAUAAACUGACCUCAGAACAUCAAAUACAGAAAGAAGAAAAGCGGGUAGCAUUACGCAGCAUUUAUCUCCAUUGUAUCAGAUUAGUCCCUCAGCCUACUUUAUUCAUGAGGCCAAUUCUGAUACUGCUUCAAAAGUACGUGUCAGUGUGCUCCUUCCCCUACCUCCUCAGCACACAUUUGUUUGGUGGCAGUGGUGGUUGACUGCAAUGCCUGCUCCAAGUGUUUCCAUGUUCAGUUCCGAAGUAUGCUCUGCAUCACGGGGGCAAGAAGGUCCUGCAUUUUUUUUUAAAAAAAGAGAUCUCUGGUUUGGAGGGGUUAUUUGAAGGAGCUCUGGAUAUUUGAGGGCACUCUCAGUUUCAUGACAUGUUGUGGUCUGUGGAGGAGAAGCAGCAAUUGAACCUGUGGCCUGUAAGAUGAAACUGAGUUGACAAAAGAGUCCUUACCCAAGAACUAGGCUGUAAUCUAGCUUGUCUUUGUAGCCCUAUGUUCCAAAAUACUGGGUUCAUACCCUAAUCUUCUCUACUACUGGAGAACUCUGGCAACAUCUGCAAUAUUGAGGCAAAGCCUUCUAGAGUUUUCAUGCUUUAAAUUUUGCAUUUUUUUAAAUGCCCUUCUCCAAGCUCAAACACAUCACAGCACAAACUACAGGAAAAAUUUGCUAGUACUUGCUUCCCUAUCUUUGCAGCUGGAAUGGUCAGAGCUCAUGAAGGAAUACAUUUUCACUAGACUCACAGUGUUAUCCUAAACAAAGUUAUGCCCUUCUAAGUGCAUUGAAGUCUUAGGCCUAGAGGCUUAUAGGGAUGUAACUUUUUAAAAGUUUGCACUGUCAUUGUCUGCAUUGGUGCUUUUAGAAGCAAAACACUAAUCUCUAUUAAGGAGAAAAAGAAGACAGCAUUUUAAAGUUUCAUAUUUUGCUUUAAGAUGAGACGUUGCAAAAUAAAGCAGAAAAUCUUACAUUGCCUAUCUUUAAAGUACAGUAAAGGAUCAAUUUGUAUACAGUGACUUAAAAUUGUUUGGGGGAACAGCUUUGAUUCUGCCCUCCUGUGUUACAGUUAAACUCUGGGGAGGUGGGUAGGGGUUAUUAGUGUAUAAUAUACUAUUGAACAAUUUUCCAACUGUGGUUCCUUAGUAACCUUGCAAUACUUGUUUUUAAAAGACUAGAUUCUACGUGAGAGAAUACACAACAGACACACACAAACACACUACUGUUGUGAUUUCUUUCACUAUAUUUUGAAGGUGUGACAUGUGGUGUCCUGUAGUUUUGCAGAGAGGCAGUAGAACAGUGGCAGGCUGUAAGCUUCAUGUGCAUAAGGUUUGAGAGUCCACUGAGCAGCGUUUCCCAUUCAUAGGAGCAGCUUCUCACUUUGGAAGACAAAACUUGUGUCUGCCCUGUGUAUCUGCAACAAAAGCCUUUUAGUAUAGACCAAAAUUUUAAACAUCUCAAAUUCAGGAUGUAGAUUAUAUUUCAAGCUGAUUCUGUAGUAUUCCUGUCAGCCAGAGCUGAAGGAAGCUUAACUCUAAAAAAUGAUGUGCCCCUUCGGGCGGGUGUGUUUGUGCACUGAACAUGUCUGAUUUCAGUAUUGAGUGCCUAUAUUGAAGGCACACAUGAAAUGUGUGCUUUGAUGAUUUUCAGCAACACACCUUUUAUUACAUGCCACUGGAUAUGGUUCUACUGGUGUUAUACACACCAAAAAAACCCCUCCACAUUCUGGCAAAAUCAGCAAAAGCACUUAUUUUCAAACAGCACACAGACUUCCAGGAAAUGAAGCACACAUUCAAAGAUCCCCCUUUUUCUGACUGUUAUUCACAGACUUGUUUAUAGUUAACAAAUACUGGGCUUCAUUUCAAAUUUAGAACAACAUUGGUGCAAAACUGUUGCAUCGUCCAGAUGUUUGGCAAACCAGAUCUGCAGUAGACUGUACUACUGGGGAAAGUAUCUUACAUUUUACAUUUAUUGCAGGGUAAGAAUGUCUAAGACAUUUUAAUUGCCUUGUAAUUGGAUUGUGCUUUUCAUGUUAAAAAGCAAUACAGUGCCCUGUUUUAAUUGUCUAGUAAUUGCAGCAACUGCUUCUGUGUACUUUAUUCGGUUUACAGAAAGAAAUGCAAAGCACUGGUUAGGCCUAGGCUAUGCUCUGUACAGUAAGUAACUGCUAGUUAAAUUGCAACAAAACUAAUGAAAGUGAAAAGGAGGAAGGAUUUUGUUUUUCCCUGAUGUCUAGUAAAAGUGAUGGUGUAUUAAACAGCCUGUGAAUGCAAGACCAGAUUUGGACCAGCAACAUUUCUGACUUUAAAUAACCCAUACUCUGUACAAUUUAAUAACCUGUUUUUAGAAAGAUUUUUUAACAUUUUGUAGAUUUUGAGGCAUCAUUUACAGGUUUGCUUAAUGUAAUCUACCUCCUCCUAACUUGCAUUUCUGUAACAUGCUGAAAUAUUCCUAAGUAUGCUGUUUGGAAGUAAAUCCUGUUCAGUUCAAUGGAGUUUACUUCAUGGCAAGUAUGUUUAGGACUGCAGCCUAAGUUUUUAGUCUCCACUAAAUGAUUUUUAAUGUUGUAUAGAGAAUUGUAAUAAACUCAAGAAUUUAGAA